UACUUGAACGCCCCAUUGUCAUCCUGCGCCCCUUAGGAGAACCAAAAAACAGCACCAGCAAGAAGCGAGCGCGCGAUCACGUGUCGAGAGGAGGAACCACAGCAGAAGCAGUCGGCACGGCGUCACUUGCCCUCCGCUCCUAUCCGGAAAGCAGCGACCCCGCUGCUGCGCCUGCCCGCACCCAUGAUGCUUCUCCGGCACAUCUCGGUGGCGCUGACCGCCGCCAUGGUCACGCUGGGUUCGGCCAUCUUCAUCGCCCGCAACUACUUCUACCCGAGGCGAACGUGGUCACCGUACGCACAAUAUGCCACCAUCAAGGAAGAGAAAGAGGACCCCAGGAAGCGGCAGGUGCUGGUGCUCGGCUUGGACGGAGCCGGCAAGAGCAGCGUGCUCCAGGGUCUGACGCCCAGUGGGGGCAAGAGGGGCCACUGCCGGCCCACCCGAGGCUUCAACUUCGUCAGCCUCAGCGCGCCCGCUUGUCAGCUGGACUUCCUGGAGAUUGGCGGCGGUGAGGAACUGCGUCCUUACUGGUUAGAGUAUCUGAUCAGAACUCACGUGCUGGUCUAUGUGGUGGACUCGUCUGAUCGCGGUCGCCUCCCGCUGGCAAAGUUGGAGCUGCACCGCCUCCUGCGGGUGCAACCCCAGCUGCCCGUGGUGGUCCUGGGGAACAAACAGGAUAAAACUGACGCGGUGAGCGUGUCCGAGCUCCACGAGGCCUUGUCUCUGGGCUCAGUGGUGGAGGAUAGGAAGCUGUUCCUCCUGGCUGCCCAGCUGGGCUCCGACAGUGCCCUGAGGAACUCCUGCAGAGACCUGGACACCUUACAGGACCUCCUGCUACAGCUUGUGUGAUAAGGGGGGGCGGAAGAGGACCGCUUCGGCAGCUGUUUCAAAGGAGCGAGACGAGCGAAGUUGCGGCGGCGUUUACACAAAAAUAUUCGUAAUCCUCUUUCGCUUACAUCGUGCGUAUUUUUGCGCUGGCUUGUUUCGGCACGUGGCAGAAACAAAGAUGAGACUAUGCGCGAGGAUGCGUGACCCCGUCUGAAAAGUCAGCGGGGGAAAGUUUUAUUUUUGGCUGCCUGUGUCUGUAAAAUGAACUUUGGGGAAUUUACAAGGAAAAUGAGAGCCUAUUUGUGUCCUUCGUGACUAAGGAAAGAGAAUUUUAGGUCAAGGGGGAAAAAAAAAAACGCACAGAGAAAACGUGCAAACACAGCAGAUUUUUAAGGUCAGGUCGAUAAAUUUUGCUCUUAAAAUCAACAAACUUUCUGGACUUUUCUUUUUAUUUUUACAUUGCAACAUAAGACAAAGAUAAUGACAUUUAAAUAAUGUUCCAUAAAACACUGUAUGUUGUCUACUUUACAUCAGUUAAGCAGUUAGAAAAUGUUUCAGGUUUGAGCAUGGAAAAAAAAGCAAAAACAAAAAGAUUCCCAGCAUCUGGUCACUCAUGAAUAUCAAAUAGCGGCUCUCAGCUCAGCUAUCGAUGGUUGACAACGACUCUCAAUUAAUAAUAAUAAUACAUUUUGGAGCCGCCUUUUUGUGAACAUAAAGUAAUGUUUUAUUCUCUUUGAUGUGCUGUAGUUGUAGAAAUUUAUUCGUUUAAUGGAGUCCGAAUUUUAUGACUGGAGAAAAGAGGCGUGGCUGGUUUUAUGCAAACUGCGGUCCACGUGCGCAUGCCACGCUGCAAUUUACAUGUGGGGAAAAUAAGAAUAAUUAAAAAAAAAUAAUAAAAAAUCAGUAUACUGUAUUGCCUUUUGCUUUGUU